UUCUUUGUGGAUCGAUGAGUUGAGCAGCGAAAUGACAAGAAAGUAGCACAAACGAAGAAAGACUACAGACAUUGGACUCUUUUUAGAGAGGUUCCGCAAAGCGGAAGUCCUGCAUGAACCUCUUUGUGCAGCAAGUAAUUUGCUGAGUUUUUAGGCUUCUCCAGUGUAUCUUUGCAAUCGUUUAGCUUGGUGGCUCGCGCGUGGCCUUACAUGACUUUGUAGCUAUUUUCCGUCUCUGGUUUGGGAGAAACGGUGCUCUACUGAAAUUUGUGUCACCGAGAAGACAGAGCUUGAGGUGCAUUGGCAGCAAUGUCGACGGCAUCAGUUGAUAUCUCAUCACUUUAUCACCGGAGGAGGCUGCUAGAUACAUCCUUAGUGUGGACAUUUGGUCUGCUACUGUACACACCAUUUGGCAUUGUCCUGGCUGUUCUCCGGCUCUUGCUCUUCCUACAACUGUGGCUCUUCCUUCGAGUAGCUCCGAAAAGCCUUCCGCUAAGACGGUGGUGGUUUCGUGGUGUUCAGCCUGGCCUGGGAUUAGUCGUCACGUCAGAGGGCUUCGGCGCUGAGGAGGAGCAGUCAUCCAAGGUACUUGUGGCGAACCAUGUCACACUACUCGACCACUGUAUUGUGGAAAGUCUCCUUCCCUGCGUUGCGGUCAUUGAGCCAUCGCGAUGUCCUGUAAUGCAUAAUACCAUGGGCCAUGGUCCGUAUGCUGUGUCAGAGGGACCAGUACCUCUCACCGAGCGGUUACAAAACCACCUGCAAGAUACUUCAUCAUUGCCCGUACUAACACACCCUGAGAAUGGUGUGAACACUGGUACAGCUCUGAUGGCAUUCAAACAAUGGCCGUUUUCCGUACAGUCCAGUGUUCGACCGAUUGUCAUCACUUCAUGGCGACCAUUCCCAAUCGCACCGCAUUAUUUCCACAGCUCCAUCAUUCCCGACUUGUUCUUUUUCUUGUUCGUUCCGUUUACUGCAUUUCAUGUGAGGGCUCUGCCUACAAUUACGAAAGAGGGCGCUGAGUCUGAUGAGGAGUUCUCCAGUCGCGUUCAAAAGGUCAUGGCCAACGCCCUGUCCGUUCCAGUGUGUCAGCACACUCGCCGUGAUUUCGUCGACCAUGUGAAGCGAGAAGCUCAAAACCAAUCGUCUCGGGCUAGUGCGGAGAGACAACCCUCACAACGCCAGAGUGGUACAAUGUCAGUAUAUGAUGCAAUGCCAGGUCUGUCGUCUAAUGAGCGCAUGGUGCAGCAAGUCCAGGAGGUGUUCCCUCACGCACCCUACGAUAUUGUUGCUCGAGAUCUUGCAACGUCUCAGUCUGUGGACACCACCAUCAGUAACAUUCUAGAAGGACGGCUGAAUAUUGAUGUGCCAGCGCAACCAACACGGGCAGCUCCAGCGGCCACACCCAAAAAGAGUUCGGCCUCGCCAGCGAAAUCCAGCCGAAUGAAGGCGACUAAAAUACUAAGCUUUCAGGAGCAGAAGCAGCAGCUUAUAUUAGCUUCUCGGGCGCGAUACCUGAAGCGAGCUGCUGGUCAGCAAUAGGACGACACCGGAAACACACAUGUACUGAGUGGCAGCAAGCAUUUUUUUGUCACAAUGUAGCUACGAGCUGUGUGGUUUGCUCAUUGACAUUGUUGCCAGUGGCACCACAGCUACAUGUGUUUAAUACCGAAUGAUGAUUUAUUUGGGAAAGUACUCACUGGCGAGAGAAGUAUUGGUAACGUUACCUCUAUGUUAUAUGAUUGGCUCUACCAUUAUAUUACAAGUGCUAGCAUGCUUUCUUUUCUCUCUUUUUAUGCUGCAAGGCAUUCAUACAAACACAUGCAAAGUACCCCGCUUGGUUAUAUACCACUACACACCGCUUAUGGCUAUAAUAUACCACUACACACUGCUUAUGAGGCUCGUACCAGUCAUUGUAGAAUGUAGAUUAGUGCACUGCUUUCGCAUUCCUCCAUGAAACACAAACCCGAUAAACCACGCCAUUUUUUUACCAUUGAAUAUGUUAAAAUAGCACUCAAUCACUCAAUUCUAGUUGCUAAUAAUGAUUGAGAAGCAAAGACUUUCUACUGGUCGGCAGCAUCCGUA